AUGGGUACAAGAGAGGACGAGUACGAUUAUUUAUUCAAAGUUGUUUUGAUUGGGGACUCUGGUGUGGGAAAAAGUAGUCUUCUCUCCCGUUUCACUAGAAAUGAAUUUAACCUAGAAUCGAAAUCUACGAUAGGGGUGGAGUUUGCAACGAGGAGUAUAGAGGUUGACGGCAAAACCAUCAAAGCCCAGAUAUGGGAUACAGCGGGCCAAGAGCGGUACCGGGCGAUAACUUCCGCCUACUACCGCGGGGCGGUGGGCGCUCUGCUAGUGUACGACAUAGCGAAGCACCUGUCCUACGAGAACGUGGAGCGGUGGCUGCGCGAGCUGAGGGACCACGCCGACCAGAACAUACUCAUCAUGCUGGUCGGCAACAAGAGCGACCUGCGACAUCUCAGAUCUAUCCCCACAGAGGAGGCGAAGGCGUUCGCGGAAAAAAACGGUCUGAGUUUCAUCGAGACCUCCGCUCUGGACUCAACUAACGUGGAGCCCGCCUUCCAGAAUAUACUCACGGAGAUCUACAGGAUCGUGUCCCAGAAGCAGAUGCGUGACCCGCCCGAGGGGGACGUGAUCCGUCCCGAUGCCGAGCCCGCGGACGUGCGGGCGGCCGGCGCUGACGCGGUCAGGCGCAACUGCUGCCAGUAG